AUGUUCUCUCCCUGUGAGUGCGUGAGGCGAGGCGGCAGGAGGACUAUGAAAAUGAUCCGGUUCCGGAGCUCGAGCAUCAGGUCUUUGAGCCAGGAGAUGAAAUGCACCAUCCGAUUGCUGGACGACUCCGAGAUCUCCUGCCACAUCCAGAGAGAGACCAAAGGUCAGUUUCUCAUAGAUCAUGUUUGCAAUCACUACAGUUUGCUGGAAAAAGACUACUUUGGAAUUCGGUAUGUGGAUCCUGAAAAGCAGCGGCACUGGCUUGAACCCAACAAGUCUAUCUGCAAGCAAAUGAAAUCUCAUCCACCAUAUACCAUGUGCUUUAGAGUGAAAUUCUACCCACAUGAACCCUUGAAGAUUAAAGAAGAGCUUACCAGGUACCUCAUGUAUCUACAAAUCAAAAGAGAUAUUUUCCAUGGCCGUUUGCUGUGUUCUUUUUCUGAUGCUGCCUAUCUGGGUGCAUGUAUUGUCCAAGCUGAGCUUGGUGACUAUGAUCCUGAUGAACAACUAGACAAUUAUGUUGGUGACUUCAAGAUUUUCCCCAAACAGUCCCAAAAGCUGGAAAGAAAAAUAGCUGAAAUACAUAAAAAUGAAUUUAGGGGUCUGAGCCCAGCUGUUGCUGAGUUUAAUUUAUUACUGAAAGCACAUUCUUUAGAAACCUAUGGUGUUGAUCCCCAUCCUUGCAAGGAUUCAACAGGGACCACAACAUUUUUAGGAUUCACAGCUGCAGGUUUUGUAGUUUUCCAGGGAAAUAAAAGGAUACAUUUGCUAAAAUGGUCUGAUGUCUAUAAAUUAAAAUUUGAAGGGAAGACAUUUUAUGUGAUUGGAACUCAGAAAGAGAAAAAGGCUAUGUUGUCAUUCCAUACCUCUACACCAGCAGCGUGCAAGCAUCUUUGGAAGUGUGGAGUGGAAAACCAGGCUUUCUAUAAGUAUGCAAAAUCCAGCCAAAUCAAGACGAUGUCUAGCAGCAAAAUAUUUUUUAAAGGCAGUAGGUUUCGAUACAAUGGAAAAGUUGCCAAAGAGGUUGUCGAAGCAAGUUCUAAAAUCCAGAGGGAUCCUCCUGAAGUGCACAGAACCAGCAUGAUGCAGAGUCACAGUUCUCAUUCAUUGAAUAAGCAGCUCAUCAUUAAUAUGGAGCCCCUGCAACCUCUCCUUCCUUCCCCUGAUGACCAGGAAGAGAGAGUUCCACCAGGUCAAGGCAUCCAGCUCCCGAAGGAAGAUGAUGUUUUAAUACCUAUGCUAUCCAGCUCUCCUGCUAAGGAGACAGAAGACAGUUCAGACCUUUCCAUUGAAGAAGAAGAGAAAAUCAAGGAGGAACCUUUAACUAUCUCUGAAUUGGUGUACAACCCAAGCAGCAGUUUGCUUCCAACGCCAGUCAAUGAUGAGGAGAUUGACCUACUCUUUCAAACCUCUCCUAGAGCAGAAAAUGAGAAAGAAGAUACAGAUUCAUUUGAGGAACUAGAGGCAGAUGAAAAUGCAUUUUUGAUUGCAGAGGAAGAGGAGCUGAAAGAAGCUCGGAAAGCCCUUAGGUGCAGCUAUGACUUUUUGUUGGGUAGCAUAAAGGUAAAUGCUGUUGUGAAGAGUUUUUCCAGACUUCUUCUUGUUGGGCUUGGAAUACUGCUAGUUGUUUUCCCUCUUCUACUCUUGCUUUUGGAAUCAGAUGUUGAUAUCUCGUUUCUCCAUGAAAUCCGACAAACGCCAGAGUUUCAGCAAUUUCACGUUGAAUAUUACUGUCCUCUUAGACAGUGGGUGGCCUGCAAAAUAAAUUUUAUUAGUCACUUGCUUGGUAGCUCUUAAAUGCUAAGAAUAUAUUACAUAACUAAGGGCUAUAUUCAAAACUAGUGAAUUUCAGGCAGUACUAGGUGCUCGCUCGCAAACAUCUGCAAGGCCAUCAGCAAGUAGGUCUUCAUUUUUGAUCCAUAGUGGACUUCAAAAUGCUUAAGUUUCCUUUCCAUAAUCAGAUAGCUGGCUUUGCUACAUGGUGGCCUUUAAAUAACCAAAAAGCGAUUUGAUUUUUAUUGUCUGUUUUUAUCAAUGACUUUGCAGAACUGCAAUUUAUUGUCUGUAUCAUUACAAGCCAUGAUAUUCUAAAUUUAAGUACUAACCACAGAGAGAAGCUAAUGAUUUGAAUAUACUCCUUAGUGAAACAAUCUGCUAACCAAUGCCUAUACAAGCAAUGUUGAUUGCUGGGAUUUUGAUUCUUGGUUUGAGUUUUCAUUUAAAAAUAUUUUUAUGUGUUUACAAGAUUUUGGUAAAUUUUUAGCAAAGACAACUUCUGAAGAUAUUUAAGUGUACAGAUUGGUAAAUAAAAUGCACAAGGGCAUGUUAUGAAUUUUUAAAAAUGUUUUAGCAAUUUUUUAAAAUUGAAGAAUGAAAAUUCUUACAAAUCUGCACAAGAUGAUGUGUAGCUGCAGAAAAAAGUAGGAAGUUCACUUAAAUGUAGGCAGGGUCUGAGGGAUGGAGAUGAAAUUAUACCAGGUCCUCAAAGACUGGGUUUCUGGGGUCUCAACUGAACAUUCAGAAGCAAUGUGAGAUUUGCAAUAUUAUGUUUGCCUUGUUAUGUCAGUGUAGGGGCCAGGGGAAUUGGCAGACAAGAGUGAAUGCUUAACCCUUCCUUUGCUUACUGAUUCUUCCUUUCAAAUACCCCCCCCCCCCGGGCCAUUUCCCAUCAGUCAGACUCCAAGACUGAAGAAGUUUCUGCUGGCUAUGGGGAGAUGACUUGGGGAAAAUGUUGAAAAGUAGAAUUCAUUUGUUUCCAUAACCUCUGCAGCCUACCAGUUCUUUCCUCUAAAUGCUAUCCUCGCACUCAUAGAAACAGGCAAACAAAUGGGUUAACGUGUACAUGGAAGGAAAUAAGUGCUUUUGACAAGGUGGCAAUUUAGCUUUUCUUGUGAGUUGCCAUCCUACGAUAAGUGGUAAUGGAUUAUCUUUGCAAGGCAGUGCAACUACAGUUUUGUAAGAGAUUUAGGGAAUUUUGGAUUAACUGUAAAUUACUGUAUAUAACAGAAAAAGUGAAUAACAAAACAAUGCCUAGAUUGAUCUACUUUAAUAUGUAAUAGUUUAAAAAACACCGGUCUCUAAAAGAGACAAACUCUGUGAAAAGCAUCCUGCCCAGUUUCCCAAGCAUAUGAAGAUAAAUUCUUAGUCCCUGAUUCUAUUCAUUACUGUUUCAUAAUAAAUCCCAGAGUCAUCAUAUCAUGUUUUAUUUCUGUGCAUGCUAUCUGUUUUAUAUGUUAUAAGUGGUAAUAGAUUCACAUGAUUUAUUCAUGUCCUUAUGAUGGUGGUGUGUGAUUAUGUUUUGUUGUCUUGAUGUGCUGUGUCACUCCAAGCAUUUCUUAAGAGGCUGAAAAUGCAUAAACCCUUAUGUGUUUAAAGUCAAACAAUAGUCCUGGUGCCCAACUUUGCCUUUUGUAUCGUACAGUUUUGUUGGAUACGUGAUUUUCCAUCUCUCAUCCCUAUACCAAUCUGAGUCCUUACUCAGAUAAUCCCCUCACGGAAGGUUUGCCUGUAUGAAAAACAUAUCAUCUCCAUUAUUGCUGUUAGAAUGGUGGUAGCUCUUUAUUAUUUUAUUUUUCUGGAAUUGAUCAGUGUAUAUACUGUGUGCUUCAGAAUUUGAGUAUAAUUUGCCUUCACAAGAGGCUGUUGAGACAACUCAGACUUCAUGGUGUUUCAUCCAUGAUGAGGGUAAAAUAGUAUUUGACCUGUUAAAACAGAAGUAUGGUACAGUCUAGCUCACAAGCAUGAUUUUCUAUUGAUUUCUAUACAGCCCAGGUGUGCUUAAGUGCACAUCAGAUUGUGACUGUAAUUUGCAUAAUAAAAAGUUCAACAGUUCUCUAGGGGAAACUUUGAUUCCCUGAUUCAGAGUUCUGUGGGAGCUCAGUAGAGACCCUAUGCAUGCAAGAAGUUACUGGAUCAGGAUGCAAGUCUCUAGCUUGUUUUUUUACGCAGUGGGCUAGUUUGGGCAGUUUGCCUAUUGUGACUUCUCUUUCUUUGUCCUUCUUCUCCUACUGUUUCCAUCGUUAACUUUGUGAGCUGUUCUCCAGAGUCCCAAAGAUAGCCAAAAAUAAUCAUGGUUUUCCUUUCAAAUACUACCUUUCCUAAAACAUUCAUUCCUUUUGAGAAUAAAUACUGAUCAGUAGUUUGGUGCUUAUUUAAUCUAUUUGUAACUUCUAGUUAAAUCCUUUCCUUUGAAACAAGAGUACAUUAAAAUGACAUUUCUCUUUGGUUUCUAAAUCAACAAUAACAGUCAUCUGCAUUUUAGGCAGUUAUGAUUAUAGAAAUAGGUAAUCCUGAAUUUGCAGACCAUGUGCUAAAAAUAAAGUCAGGCUCUGUUCUGAAUCUUAUAUAUAAUUGACCCCUUAAUGAUGAACAGUUACAUCCUGAGUUUUAUGAUGUAGUUUUGUCCAUGUUAUAGGCUCCAGAAUCAUUAGGAGUGUGUGUGUCUGUAUGACUUAGGGAAGGGGUGAGUUGCAUGAGGAACAGGUUACCUCAAAGAUUGGACUGUGCAAUAAUGAUACGUGUAGAGGUCAAUGCAAGUGCAGGUACAUGGGAUGCAUAGAUGUAUAUACACACCAUUGUCCCUUUAGAACUGUCCUAAGGUGAAAUCCAUUGAAUAAUGAGUACAAAUUACAUCUUUUCUAGAGAACAGAUAGAAAUUAGAAGCAGCUGAGGGGGGAGGGUGUAUAUAAUCUAUAGCAUAUACUGCAUAGACCAAAAUGGUCUUGUCUAUAGUGUUGGAAAUGACAGAGUUGGCGUAUGAAAAGUUCAUAGGUACAGUAUUGUGUAUUUCUGUCUGUGCUUGGAAUUUAUUGUAAAGCAUUAUGUACUUGAAAUCUAUUUUGUGAUUUGUGAAAUAUUUAUAAACACCACUCUGGGAAGAAUUAAAUAGGGUUUAUUUCACUUAAAUGCAAACAACACAAAAAAUACAAAAACCUUUGGGGGAAAUGUACCUGUAAACUUGAGCCUUAUCUUUGUAAAGUGAUUUCAUAUUUGUAUGUUAACAUCUUGAUUGUUUUAUAUGUUAAUAUGGCAGGACUCCCUAAUAAAAAUACAUUGGACAA